GUCCUUGCAACCCUCCGCCCUUUCGGUUGUCGCAAUAUAAACUUGCCGGGGAGCGUGGCGACCAUUUGCCCCCAGCAGAUCUUGUGACCCUCCCUCAGCCGCGUCGCGUCGCAUCCUACGAUCCAAAGCUCUCUCUGGUCGCAGGUCGCAGCCAUGGCGAAGAACUACCCGACCGUGAGCGCCGAGUACAGCGAGGCUGUGGACAAGGCCAGGCGCAAGCUCCGAGCCCUCAUCGCCGAGAAGAGCUGCGCCCCGCUCAUGCUCCGCCUCGCGUGGCACUCCGCGGGGACGUUCGACGUGUCGUCGAGGACCGGCGGUCCAUUCGGCACGAUGAAGCAUCAGUCGGAAUUGGCUCACGGCGCUAACGCGGGGCUGGACAUCGCGGUGCGGCUGCUCGAGCCCAUCAAGGAGGAGUUCCCAAUCCUCUCUUACGCCGAUUUCUACCAGCUCGCGGGAGUUGUGGCCGUGGAGGUCACCGGUGGGCCUGAGAUUCCCUUCCACCCCGGUAGGGAGGACAAGCCUCAGCCCCCACCUGAGGGCCGCCUUCCUGAUGCCACUAAGGGUUCUGACCACCUGAGGCAAGUUUUUGGCAAGCAGAUGGGCUUGAGCGAUCAGGACAUUGUUGCCCUCUCUGGUGGCCACACCUUGGGAAGGUGCCACAAAGAGCGGUCUGGUUUCGAGGGGGCCUGGACUACAAACCCUUUGGUCUUUGACAACUCUUACUUCAAGGAACUUCUGAGUGGUGAUAAGGAGGGCCUUCUUCAGCUCCCAAGUGACAAAGCCCUGCUGAGUGACCCUGUCUUCCGCCCUCUUGUCGAGAAAUAUGCUGCGGAUGAGAAGGCUUUCUUUGAUGACUACAAAGAGGCCCACCUCAAGCUCUCCGAACUGGGGUUUGCUGAUGCUUAAAUAGACCCUAUCCUGGAGUGAUACAUUCUGCUGCAUGUGGUCUUUUGCAUCUGGAGUCAAUGUGAACAAGCAGAUUGUCGUAUUGUCUUUCUCGUAAUAAAUUUGUCAAUGUUGAGCCCUUAGGCUUGAAUUGUGGGACCCUUUGUUCGUUUUCCUAGACUCUGAUGCUGUAUGCAACUGAAACGAGUAAAUCUAUGAUCUUAAGGCUGCA